AUGGGGUCUGGUUUUGGGGAAAACAGCGAUUGUGGUGAUGGGUACGAGGGUGGAAAUGAUGAAGAAGAUGGUGGGUUUAGGACUGUUGCUGGUUCGGGUCGACUCGGGUCUUCUAAGGUUCGUGUGGCUCUUUUUGUGGAUGGCAUCUUUGACUCGAUUUCCUAUCAUCAGAUUAGAGAUUUGUUCGCUCAAUUUGGUUGCUUGAUGAACGUUUUCGUCCAGCGCUCUAAGAGGUCGGGGCGACGUUUUCGCUUUGCAUUUGUCUGUUUCUCGUCGUUGAAGGCUGCUACUACGGCGAUUAAACGUUUGGAUGGGUUUCGAUUGGGUAAAGCUUGUCUCUAUGUGUCUUUGGCUAAGCCCCCCAAUAAGGUUGUGAUGGAUGUCGACUCCAAAGUCUAUGCUAAUCGACUUGCCUCUAGGGUUUCGGCUUCUGGUCUUGGUGCUUCCUCUUGGAGAGAUGUUGUUGUGGGUUUAAAGAAGGAUUCUUAG